AUGAAAUCAUUCAAAGAACCAAGAUUAGUUACUGAAGUCGAAAAAUCAGUUGAAGAUACAUUAGCUGCUAUUAUUAUGAUUUUAAAAUCUCCAACAGCUGAUAUAACAUGGCAAAAAGGUGCGAAAAGACAAUUACCAAAUCUUGAUAGAUUUAUCGAAGAAACUCAAUUAUUUGAUAAAAUUAAUUUGACAGAAGAACAUAAUAAUUUAAUUAGUGCCAUUAUUAAUAAUUUUCAACAUAAAAAUACAUCACUUUAUAAAUGGGUUAAACGAAUUUUAUAG